UGAGAGAGAGAGAGAGUAGAUUUUCUUUCGAGUUCAAAUCAGAAGUCCACGGAGUUUCGAUAGAGGAGAGAGAGAGAGAGAGAGAGAGAGAGAGAGAAGAGAGGAGUUCAAUUUUAGCUUCUAUAUCUGCAAGUUCGUUUUGUUAAUUCAUUGCGGGAAUUUCUGAUUCCGAUUCCGAUUCUGUCACUUUCUCGAGAAAAGUUUUUCUCGUCAAACCACCGAGAGAAAAAGGGAAGAAACGAGUCUCGAGUUCCGGAUGUUCUUGAGCUAAAUGACGAUCGUACAUAUAUGCCAGCCCUCUCGAGACUUGAUUGAUCAAUCAAUGGACCGGUUUUCUCGCUUUUUUCCCUGUCUUUCCGAUCCCGCUCGGAGAUCUGCCCUGGGUUUGAAAGUUUCGUUGGUGAUUCUUCAUGUGAUAUAUGUGGGUAUUCUUUUUCUAUUUGAUGGAGAUUUGAUAGAGAAAACUAAGAGAGAACCUUGGUAUACUUCUAUAUACUUGCUGCUCUUUGUUGCCACAUUGGUUCAAUACUUUAUUACCUCCAGUUCAUCACCCGGAUAUGUAAUUGAUGCGAUUAGGGCUGUCAACGAGUCAAAUGCAAUUUGUAAGAGUUUAUCUGUGGCCUCAAAACAGCCUGCUCCAAGCAAAAGUGGAAAUACGGUUGUGAUUACCGACUCAAGUCAGUCGGCUUUUUCAGGAAAUAAUUUAACAUCUUGGACUAAGCUAGUGAUGGACAUGUAUCCACCUGGAACCUCCAUUAGAACGUUUACUUGCUCCUACUGUAACGUUGAACAGCCUCCACGAGCAAGACACUGUCAUGAUUGUGAUAGAUGCGUCCUUCAGUUUGAUCAUCAUUGUGUUUGGCUUGGAACAUGUGUUGGCCAGGGUAACCAUUGUAAAUUUUGGUGGUACAUUUUUGAAGAAACAGCUUUGUGUUUGUGGAUUGGCUUUCUUUAUAUUACUUACCUGAAGGCUAAUAUAGCAAAAGCUUGGUGGAAGGUUGCAAUCGUGAUAUUGCUGUUGAUUAUUUUGUCAAUAUCCUUGGUCUUUCUGCUGCUCCUGCUAACCUUUCAUAGCUAUCUUGCUCUGACAAAUCAGACCACAUUUGAACUAAUAAGACGUAGACGCAUCCCGUAUCUAAGGGGACUUCCUGCAAGAGUGAAUCCUUUUAGCGAAGGAAUAUGUAGAAAUCUCUACCGUUUCUGCUGCGCGCAAACUAGUAUAUACAAGUUGGAGCUGCUGCCUACGGCUCAGGAACUGGAGGAAAAAUCAAGACCUUACACAUGUUUGGAUUGUGUAACCUGUCGUUGUUGCUAAUAUUAUAUAUAUGCAUUGUUGAAUUAAUUGCGUGUUCAAAAAAUUAAUUGGGAGCAUCAUAGAUUCAUAUUUAGAAAAGUGUGUUUGUAGUCCUAUUUGUUGGCAUCAGAGAAGGUUUUGUGGGUUCUCAUUUUAGGGAUAUAGAGAUUUAAUUUAGGUUAUGUUGUUGUCAUAGACUUGGUUUGCUACCAUGUAAUUUUUUUGUCGGAUGAGCGAUUCUGGAUCAUGUUUUUGUACAAUUUAUAUACACCAAGGCUUCUCAGA